AGAAAGAUGUCAUCAGGAACAGAAAAUUACGAGCGUCUGAAUGAACUACUAACUCGUUUAGUAUAUCCAACGUGUGAAAAGAUUCUGGACAACCAUCUUCGAGCAAAUAAAGUAUCGAUCUAUCAAUUUCUAGAAACAAACAAACAUCGCAUCGUUCACUGUUUUCGUGUCAAAUCACCAUGCUGUUCAUUACAUGCUAACUGUACAUAUCCAAUAAAGGCAACACUGACACAAAGACAAUGGAGCUUCCUGUACAAAGACGAAGAAAAAAAUGUUUGCACGAAGCCAGUUUGUAUUUGUAAUGUUGUUACAACAUGCAAAAAAUUUAGGAAUCUUAACCUGAAUGUUAUAUGUUUCCUUAUAAUCGAAUUCUCAAUGCUAAAUGGGUUGAACAUGGAAGCACUGAAGAGACUGAAUGUGUUUAAUCAAGAGAUGCAGGACAUUAGAACAGGAAUUGUUCCGUAUAGUGAGUUUCAGACCAAAUGGAAUACCACUACAGAUAGUUUGAUGGUCCUAGGUGUGACACAACAGCAGAUAGAUAGAAUAAAGAAAAUAAGAGUAAACCGCACACCUACUCCUACUGCUAUAGAUGACAGGGGUUGCAGAUGUCCAUGCUGUAAAAUACUACUGAUGGCACUAGUCGUAUUGAUUAUUCUAGCUAUACCUGUAGGAAUCAUUGUUGUACUUGUCCUGUAUAUUUAA